CUCUCAGAGACCCACAUACACACACACACGCGCGCACACACACAGUCCAAACCCCCAGGAAAGACCCGCUGAAUCCUCACACCGUCUGUCAGCAUGGGGAGCGCUUGUUUUUCCCGGGACGUUUGUUUGUUUAUCCUCCUCAUAAAUACUUGCAGGGUGAUGGGGAAUGUCGGACUCUCAGAUGCAGACGAGUGUGCAGAGGGUUCAGAUGACUGCCACAUUGAUGCCCUGUGCCAGAACACGCCAAAAUCCUACAACUGCAUCUGCAAGCCGGGCUACAAAGGAGAUGGCAAGCACUGUGAGGACAUGGAUGAGUGUGAAAACGAUUACAACGGGGGCUGUGUCCAUGAGUGCAUCAACAUACCAGGGAACUACAGGUGCACCUGCUACGAUGGAUUCAUGCUGGCCCAUGAUGGACACAAUUGCAUGGAUGUGGACGAGUGUCGGGACAACAAUGGUGGAUGUCAACAAGUCUGUGUCAACACCAUGGGGAGCUAUGAGUGUCAGUGCACACAUGGCUUCUUCCUCAGUGACAACCAGCAUACCUGCAUCCACCGCUCUGAUGAUGGGAUGAACUGCAUGAACAAGGACCAUGGCUGUGCCCACAUCUGCAGAGAGGCUCCGGGCAAAGGCGGGGUGUCGUGUGAAUGCCGCCCUGGCUUUGAGCUGGCCAGAAACCAGAAAGAGUGUACAUUGACGUGUAACUAUGGAAAUGGGGGUUGUCAGCACACUUGUGAUGACACUGACACUGGGCCAGUGUGCGGCUGCCAUCAGAAAUACGCCUUGCACUCAGACAGCAAGACCUGCAUUGAGAAAGAUGAGGCUGCAAUUGAGAGCUCUGAGUUCAAUGCCACGUCAGUAGCUGAUGUGGACAAGCGGGUGAAACGGCGGCUACUUAUGGAGACCUGUGCCGUGAACAAUGGCGGCUGCGAUAGGACAUGUAAAGACACAGCCACAGGGGUACGCUGCAGCUGCCCCGUCGGAUUCACCCUGCAGCCUGAUGGCAAAACAUGUAAAGACAUCGACGAAUGCCAGGAGAACAACGGAGGCUGCGAUCACUUCUGCCGGAACACAGUGGGCUCCUUUGAAUGCAGCUGUCAGAAAGGCCACAAACUGCUCACAGAUGAACGGACCUGCGAAGACAUUGACGAAUGCUCCUUUGAGAGAACCUGCGACCACACUUGCAUCAACUACCCUGGCAGCUUCGAGUGCUUGUGCAACAAGGGAUACAUCCUGUAUGGCUUCACUCACUGUGGAGACAUAGAUGAAUGUAGCAUCAACAAUGGGAGCUGUGAGUUUGACUGCGUAAACACUCAGGGCGGCUACGACUGUGUGUGUCCACCUGGACAGAAACUCCAUUGGAACCGGAAAGACUGUAUUGAGGUGGUGAAAUGUCUGCCCAAUGGGAAGCCAGCACCCCGAGCUCAACUGACCUGCACUAAAACUGGUGGGGCAGAAGUCUGCUCUCUCUCCUGCCCCUCCAAUGCCCUCUUCCUUGCAGACUCAGAGAACAGCUACACACUAAGCUGCGGAGUGCCAGUUCAGCCUGUUAAAGCUCCUCAGAAGAGGAAUGCCACCACUGCCAUACCCACCUGUGCCGACACACUGGCGCCGCCAAUCAAGCAGAAGGCCAGGUUUAAGAUCAAAGACGCCAAAUGUCACCUGAGGCCCCGCAACAGAGAAAAGCACAGAGAUUCCUCCAAGCAGAACCUGCAAGGAGGCCAGUUCCCCUGCACUGAGGACUGCCAGGUAACCUUUGUCAACCUCAAAUGUGACUCAUCAAAGAAGCGUCGGCGAGGACGCAAAUCUCCUUCAAAAGAGGUUUCCCACAUCACAGCUGAGUUUGAGAUGGAGAUGAAGGAGGAAGAAGCCUCAGACUCGUGUAAUGUGGACUGCGUGCGGGAGAGGAUGAAGCAGAAGUUGCAGAGCGCCAUGCGGACACUCAGGAAGUCGAUCAACAAACAGCAGUUCUACAUCCAGUUCUCUGGGACAGAGUACGAGGUGGCUCAAAAACCAUCCAGAGUAUCGGAGGGCGCUGAGGCCUGCAGCACCGGACAAGUCUUUAGAGAGGGAAAGUGUGUGAGCUGUGGUGUGGGGACGUUCUACAGUGGAGAGCAGGAGCAGUGUGUCCAGUGUCUUUCUGGCACCUACCAGGACACGGGGGGUCAGCUGUCCUGUGAGCCAUGUCCAAGCACGGAUGGACAGGGUGUUGCUGGAGCCAAGAACGUGUCUCAGUGUGGAGGUCAGUGUCCAGCAGGUCAUUUCUCGCCUGACGGAUUUCGUCCAUGCCAGCAUUGUCCGCUCGGCUCCUACCAGCCUGAACCAGGCCGAGUGCUGUGCUUUACCUGUGGAGGAGGCCUCAUGACCAAGUAUGACGGAUCAGUCUCUUUUAGGGACUGUGAGGCCAAAGUGCACUGUGCUCCUGGACAUUACUACAACUCUACUACCCACCGCUGCAUCCGCUGUCCAGCAGGAACCUACCAGUCUGACUUUGCGCAGAACUACUGCAUCACUUGCCCUGGGAACACCACCACUGACUUUGAUGGUGCCACCAAUGUCUCCCACUGCAAAAACCAACUGUGCGGAGGUGAGCUGGGAGAAUACACAGGCUACAUCGAGUCUCCUAAUUACCCUGGAGAUUAUCCGUCUAAUGUGGACUGUGUCUGGACCAUCAACCCACCACACAAGAGGCGGAUCCUCAUUGUGGUACCAGAGAUCUUCCUCCCCAUUGAGGACGAGUGUGGAGACGUGCUGGUCAUGAGGAAGAGUGCCCUUCCCACCUCCAUUACCACAUACGAGACGUGUCAGACCUAUGAGCGGCCCAUCGCCUUUACCUCUCGCUCUCGCAAGCUCUGGAUCCAGUUCAAGUCUAACGAGGGGAACAGUGGCAAAGGCUUCCAAGUUCCAUAUGUCACCUACGAUGAGGACUACCAGCAGCUGAUAGAGGACAUAGUGCGGGAUGGCAGGCUUUACGCCUCAGAGAACCACCAGGAGAUCCUGAAGGACAAGAAGCUGAUAAAAGCCUUGUUUGAUGUGCUAGCCCACCCCCAGAACUACUUCAGGUACACGGCUCAGGAGUCCAAAGAGAUGUUUCCUCGUUCCUUCAUAAAACUGCUGCGCUCCAAAGUGACCAGAUUCUUAAGGCCGUACAAAUAGGCAGGACCUCCCUAUUGUCCUGUUAAAGACCCCCCGUCAUCCUGCGUCAUUCCAGAUCCAGUUACUUCUCCCCUGUCUCUAAAUUUCUGAUGUAGCCAUUCAUGACUUAAUGUGUCAUACCUCCAUUCGAAAGGUCCUCAACUUUGUUGGUCACAUGUUGCCUUUCCUCAUCUUUGACCCAUUUAAGUAGUAAAACAUUAUUAACUGAUACCCCUCCCUACAGUGCGUGCAGAUUUUUUUAUAAGGUUUGACUGAUAAGGGUUUUUGAAGGCCAGUAUUGAGUUUUAUAAGGUAGUAGAAGAAACCGGAUAUAUUUUAUGUGUAUAUAUUGUUUCUUUGAAUUUGACCAUUUUAUACGUAUCAGUAUCAAUUUUCUUUUUUCUGAGAAUAGGAUGUUAGAGGUUUGUGGUUCAGGCAGUGAGGGUACAACAUCUUGCAAUAUUGGUAAGGUCUCUUCAAAUUUAAUAUAAAAUUUAGACACAGCACAGUCUAAGGUCUGAGGUGAGAUAACCUAACAAACAACACCUCAUUAGAUGAAGAAGAAAAAAAUUCAAUUCAAAAUCAUAGUAUACAUUAUCUCAAGGCACUUUACAAACAAAAAAACCAUAGCAGUCAGAUUUAGUAUAUUGAAUUACAAGUAAACUCUUCAAAUAAAACACAUUUGAUGUUUUAUAGACAUGUCGUGUAGCUGUAGUCAGUGCACGAGAUCAGUAGUGGACCUCUGUGACUGAUUCAUAUCAGAUAUGGAAUUUGCCAUUAAGUGCGGCUAGUUUUGGUGAUUUUUUAAAGCUUCACUAACAAAUGUUGGCUCACAAUCGAACCAAAAAGAAUAAGUACUUGAACACUGAAGGAGUAGUUCAACAUUUUUCAGAAAAUGUGCUUGCCAGCUUUCUUGCUGAUGUUUCAAUCAAUCUCAUUUCUGUUCAGUAUUCAUAUAACUACAACCAGCAUCUCGACAAUUCACAGAUUAUCAUGGUAUAGCCUGCUUGUUUCAUAUGUGAAAAAGAAAAGAAAGAAAAUGUGUAAAUGGCAAAUUGAGGGUCCGUGGUUGAUUUGCUGUUUCUUGGGUGCAAGGACUCCUGGUCCCAUCCUGGUUCUCAUGAAAGCAGUUAUUUUUUUACCUACAGGUAGAUCCAUGCUGGCUUUUUCUCUCCUAGUCUUGGCAAGAUCACAACUUUCCCAAAAUGUUGAACUUAUCCUGUUAAAAUUGCAAAAUAUUAAUCUGUAAAGGCUCAAAAAAGUAAUUAAUUAUGCUUUCCUAAAGUCAUUAUAGUGGCCGAAGUGUUAAGGUAAAUUGGCACUUCAGUAUGUCAAGGAAAAAGUCCACUCUUAGCAAACCUAUAAUUCAGUCAAACCCUAUCUCUGCACCCCAGAUAUGUGUUCCUCUUGUCUGUUUACUCUCCUCCUCCCCCCCCCAUCCGCCUCUCUCUUUUUAUUUUGUUCUGCUUUGUUGUUUUGGUUUGUUGUUUUGAUUUUGUAAUAUUUAUACUGGACAUCUCAGAACUUGCAGAGGCCCACAUCACAGACAUUAUAGACACAGCAUACAUACAUGUAGGAUAUGUUUGUUUGUGUGGAGAUAAACAGGUGUACAUUCCCACACAGAGUGAAUGGAUUUAUCCUGGAUUUAAUUUCUGUAUUGGUCCUGAUGUGCAUGAGACAGUGAUGAAAAAACAUUCGGUGCACUUAAAACACAUUUUAAGAUGGAAACUAUAUUGAAAGAAAUGCAAACCUCUGUGGGUGCUCUAUCCAUCGGAGCACAGGGAAAGAUUACAUGGGAUGAAUCUGAAAGUCUAUAUUGUAAUUUUUUUAAUAUAAAAGAUAUAAAACAAGAUGAGAUAAACUACCUGCAAGUAACAAGAAUGUUACUUUAGAGAGAAAUGUCUGUGAUGUAACUAAUAUUUGGAACUUUAAUUGCACUUGAAUUUUAUAUGUUAAACUGUAGAGAAAAAAGAUCUAAGUUGCGUAUUUGUUACCUUUUUUUUGGUGUUGUUUUGAAAUGUGCCACAUGUGGCAGUGGUGAGAGAGAAAGACAGCUUUCUCCUGUUGCUGCUCCUACUCUGUAGCUUACAGUUCCCCCAAAUCCCUCUGUUACAGCAGCUGCAAACCCCAUUCAUGCACAUAGCGAGGACACAUUCAGACUGAAGUAUCAACAUCUCACAACCUCACAGACUGUAUGUGGAACCGAAACACACAGAGAAAACACAUUUACUCUGCAUUAUCAAACUUGCCACCACCACUAGACUUUGUUUUCCAUGGCCCAGUCCUGUUUCAUCCCUCAAACACUUCCUAUAGCUGCCAGAGAGAGGAAGCAGCACCAUAAAGGCUUCUUGUAUGAUGGCACCACAUACAUACUGUACUACAGUAUAUGCACUACCUGUUUUAAAAAACAACAACUGUGCAUUCACCAAGACACACUCUCUUUCCAUUAAAUAGUUGUGUAUACUAUGCUUUUCUUUUAUAACCCAACUAAAUGUUUUUGUGUCGUUCCCAUAGGUACUUAUAUGUCUAUCAAAUCCUAUACUGCAUAUUGAAAAUGGAUUCUAUAUCUGCACAAUCUGACUGGAGUUAAAAAACAUGUACAGUGUGAGUUGAGUGUUGGUCUGGAGGUCAAUUUAGUGACAGGGACACAGUCGGAAUAAGAGGCUUCUCCUGUCUGAGUGUCUGUGUGUCUGUGGCACUUGCAGCUUAAACUUUAGCUGGGUUGUAUUGUUCAUAAAAAAAGAGCUUCCCUAACAAAUGAUAAAAACUCAUAUUUAACAUCCCAGAUUGGUGUUAAUGCUUCUCAGUUACUAAACUCCACAGUCCCAUUGUGCUAUGUCAGUGCUAAUUUAUAUGAAUUAUAGCCAUUGUUAUUUCAAGGUAUACGUUAUGUCUUUAGGUUUCCUACCUUCCAGACAGCUGUUUGUGUCAAUUCAUUUCAUGGCAUUAUGGAACCCAACUAUUUGCAACAUUGUGGGGAUAAUUCAUUGAAAGAACUGAUCCUAACUGUGCGUGUGUGUGACAGUUGAUGUGCUCUAGGAAAUUUGACACUGGACGCUCAGGCCUGUAGCCGACAGUGAGGUUAUGAAACAAUCUCUGAAGCUAACAAAACAAACUCACCUCAAGCUCCAUCGAGUAGCUGAUCUGCAUCCUAAAAUGAUAAAGAGUUCCAAAUUCAAAUUCACUACUUUUCAGUGAUUAUCUUCAUCAUUAACUGGUCCAGACAAAAACCUACUUUACAAGAUAUGAAAAUAAAACAUCUCCAGUGAUGGAAUGUUUAUGUCUGUGCACACUGACUUUCAUAGUGUACUGAAAUGAAAACAGCACCUAGAAGGUAGGAAAUCAAGACCCUGUGCUUUGGAAAACAGUUUGCAGCCACGUUAUAUGGCUGAAACAGGCAAAACCACAAAUGUUGUCCUGAAUAGCACUGACCCGGUCAAAGUUGAGGGCCUUUUUGCAAAUUAAGAUAUGAAAGAGUUGAAAACAUAAUGUAAAAAUCAUUCAAAAGUAUAUUUCUAUUGGUAUUGGCUGAUAAUCAUCCCUUAGAUUAGAUACUUUGACCGUGACCCUGAUAGAUAUGUCUGAUAGAUAACUCUCCAAUAAAUUAAGUAUAUUGUUAUAUUCCAGGUAUUGCCAAACAGCUGCCAUACAGAUAUAUUAUGGAAAAACCUACUUCCAGUUUGAAGUGGGCACUGUUCGAGUGUCACGAGUGUUAUGAAAACAAUGACAUGAAAUGCUCUAAAAAAUAUAAUUGACUCUUUCGUUUUCUUGAGAAUGUAUUUAGUUGUGAAUGAGUGGCUGCAUAUGGUGUGUGGAAGAUAAUCUGAAACUGAAAGUGUAAGCAGCAGGUGUGUGUGUGUGUGUGUGUGUGUGUGUGUGUGUGCGUGUGUGUUUGAGAGUGAGAGAGAGAGAGAGAGAGAGGAGAGAGAGUGAGUAAAGAGACUGUGUAUGAGAGUACUUUAGUCCUUUUUGUAGAGGAGUAAUUUUAACAUUUGUGUUAGUCAGUUGUACCCAGAGAGAGAAAGUGUAAUGCAGUGUUGUGCCAUUGUUUGGUCCAUGAAACUCCAGUACUGAACAAAUUAAAACAAACAUUAGCAGAAAAAAG